AUGAAGUGUAUUUAUAUAUUACUUGUUUUGCUUCACGGGUUUGUCUUAGCUGCAUGUGAAGUUCCAGAAUCAAAUAAAUAUCUAGAAGCCCUACGUCAGAGACCUUGGAAAUCAGUUCAUAAAUAUAUCGAAGUUCGACCUGGGGCAUUUCUAUUUUACUGGCUAUACUAUGCUGAUGCAACGAGGGCAGGCGCUGAUCAAAAACCCUUGAUAAUCUGGAUUCAAGGUGGUCCGGGGAAUGCUGCGAGUGGAAUUGGCAAUUUUUGCGAGCUUGGGCCUUUGAAAACAGAUAUGUCACCACGAAAUUACACAUGGGUGAAUGGUAGAAACAUUUUAUUAAUUGACCAUCCAGUCGGUGCGGGAUUUAGUUACGCCGUCAACACAUCUUUAUAUGUGACAAGCGAUAGAGAAGCAGUAAAAGAUUUGCUGCGGUUUACGAAGGCCUUUUUCAAAAUUCAUAAGGAAUUUCGAAAAACACCGACUUAUGUUGUCGGUCAAAGCUAUGGUGGUAAAUUGACUGCAAGGUUGGGAUAUUUUCUACAUACGGCUAUAGAGAGAAAACGUAUAAAAAUAAACUUCAAGGGAAUUGGAAUUGGCGGAGGUUGGAUAGACACUAGUGAGACUUCUAAGCAGCAACCACGUUUUUUGUUUGAUAUGGGUUUAAUAGACAUCAAAGCCUUUAGGACAGCUACAAAAAUAGCUGAAAAUAUCAGCAGUCUCAUUAAAACAAGGAAUUAUUCGAAGGCGGGACAACUCGACUACGUUAUGUUUGAUACAAUAAUGGACGACGCGUCCUACGGAUAUGAUAUGAUAAAUUUGGAAAAUGUCAAUCAUUAUAGCUACAGAUUACUUUUAAAAAAACUAGAUGAGAAUAUGAAUACGUUUGUUAAACCGACUCUUAACGUUAAUCAAAGUAUCAAUUGGCAACAUCUGACAUACGAGGUCUAUUUUAGUUUGCAAAAUAGCUUUGUUGAGCCUGGUACUAAAUUUUUAGAAAUUCUACUAAAUCGAACAAACUUAAAAGUUGUUGUGUAUAAUGGAAAUUUGGAUGCAGUGACGCCAUUGUGUGGUGCAACAAAUUGGGUACAUAAUUUGAAAUGGCAUGGUGCAAAACAGUUUUUCGAUGCGAAAAGAGUGCCAAUACGAGGUGAAAGAAGCGGCUUCUACAAAACAUACGGAAAAUUGAGUUUUUGGGCAGUGUUCGGUUCCGGGCAUUGGGUCCCCGAAGACAAUCCAACCGCUAUGGAGCAGAUAUUACAAUUUUUAACUCAGAAUGAUUCUUAA